CUCUCAAACUGCUUCGCAGUAUUCCUCUCCUCUCUCGAUUCUUUCUUUCUCGUUCUCACUUGGCAGGCAGUGCGUCCCGCCAUCGCCAUGGCUGCUGCGCUUGAGCUGUUGCGUCUCCUCCUGGCCCUCCUCCUCCUGUCCUCUUCCUCUUCCGCUCGUCCUCUUGCUCCUCCUCGUCGCCUCCUCACUGCCAAUGUUUCCCGCAAUUAACUACAGUGUGUGUGUGUCUUGGUGCUCUGCAUCUGUGUUUUGGUUUGUGGUGUGCAUGUACGUGCUUCCCUUUUUAUUUUUAUUUUUGUUUUCAAUUUGGUCAGGGGCAGCGAAAGUGCGUCUACAAGCUCAGAUCAGUCAGGGUGUGUGUGUGUGUGAGAGAGAGAGAGAGUGUGAGCGUUUUUGUUUUGUUUUGUUUUGUUUUGUGUUUGUAUGUUUUGUUUUGUUAAUAUUAUAGCUCUUCUCUUGUCUGUCGUUGUGAUAUGUGGUGGAGUGGAAAUGCGGAAGUGUGGACGGUGCGUUGUGGAAGCGGAGUGAGAUUUGUUGGAGGGAUUGGAUACGUCGAAAGUUGACGUGUGAUGGUGUCCGUGCUGAUCACUUACGUACUUGUAUGGUUGUGUGACGUGCCUGAGGGGGUCGUUAACGUGGGCAUGGCUCCGGCGUUUCUUUGAAGGUCCAAGAACGAGCAUAGAGACUUCGUCAAGAUAGCACAUCUGCAUGUACCGCUCGGCAUGGUUUAAAAUUCUCUUUUCAAUCAAACAUAGCGCGUCCAGUUCUCGAGUAACCUAGACUUCAAGCUCAUUCUGGAGAGAAAUGAACUUUGACGGACGCUACAGUUGGGAAACACCGUGAAGCGGCGAGGAGGAGGUGAAAACGGAUUUAUUUUCGCCUUUUGGCUGAAUAUAUUUCUUCCUUUGACCACCGUCGUUCGUUAUCUAUCAGGGGGGGAGAAAAAUCAGUUGAAAUAUCAUCGUCAAGUUGUCGUAGUUGUUACAAUUUAGCGCGCUUUGCCAUUCCUUAUUCAAUCUCUCGUUUGUACUUGAUCUUGAGACUGUCCCUCCUCUGUGUGAGAGUACCCACGCCUGUGUGUGGCAACAGUUUCCAACAAGUAUUUGAGGAUCGAGGAAUGCGGUGGUUACAGCGGUUGGACAUUGACAUAGUAGGUCGGAUGCUGUUGGUUGGUAUAUAGCAGCUGCGGGGACUGUGAGAAGGUGCCGUUGAGUAUGAUGUCUGGUUGUGGUGGAGGAUUGUGGUGAACACUGAUCUUGGCUAGAUAUGUGUUAUUGAAGCCACGGAUGAUGUGCUAGGGCGUGCUUACACUUAUGACAUGAUACCGUGCUGGUUGCAUCGCUGCAUGCUGCUCGGGCCGGAAUUUCUGCUCUGGAGUUUGUUACACCCUGGAUAGCCAAGCUUGAAAGGGGUUUCGGAGUCGGUUAAGGGGUAGAAGGAGGAGGAGAUAUUGUCAAAGUUGCGUGGGGAGGAGUUGAGUACUGUAGCAAGAAUCUUUUAGAAAAGUAUGCAUAUGUGUAUGAGAGAGAGAGAUAAGAGGUGGGAGCUUUGAUGGCAACACUUCUGAUGCGGACCUCCGAGCUGGCUGGUACGGAGAAGGUGGUCAUUGGGAACGUAGAGCGCGCUAGGCUGCACAAUGAGAAGGCUCUCGGUCAGGGUGAACAGGAAGGACAUCAAAAAACAUCGGCCGAAGGCCGCAGUAGGGCAAGGAAGGGCAAGUGUGGGCAGAAGAAGCUGCCACAGCGGGGUCUGGGAGUGGCACAGCUGGAGAAGUUGAGGUUGCAGGAACAGAGUAAGCAAGAAGCUGCUUGUCUAGCAUCGCUACGAAGCUUGCCGUCCCUCGGGUUCACAGAUCAGAAUCAAAAUGGUGGCAUGUUCUUCCGACACCUUAAAGGUGCCAUCUACCAUAAUCACAACACCAACCGUGGCAGUGGCCUGCCUUUCGGGAACGGUCGCUUUGGACCCCCCGACAAGCUCGUGGAGUAUCUUUCCAGGGAAGGUCAUCGGCACGUUGGAACUGGUACCAGGGAUGAGGACAUAUUUCGGACUCUAAUGUCGCUAGCUUCCACUGGGCACUCUAGAUCAGCUUCACUUCCUCACCACGAGCGAGGCCCCUCUAUUUCCAGCAUGCUGCCUCGUCGCAAAGAUGACUGCGACACGUCUUUCGUAUGCAAUAAUACGCACACUGAGAUUCUGGGCAAUAAAGUGCAUGCACCCCAUUCCAGUGCUAAUGAUCCUAGCACUGAGGGAUCACCUGCUAGGCGAGCACCUUGUGCCCUGGCUUGGGUUGCUUCCUCUCCAAACUCCAUCAGGAAGCCCUCCUUCUUUUCCAGUGAACUGGUGAACCGAGCCAGCCCAGUUGACAGCCAUGCAUCCAAUGUGGAGAUGGGGGGCGAGAAGUGGUCGUCUCCAAACGUGGACACACUGAAGGAGUCUGUGCCGCACGUUUUGUCCCCCGUGUCCAACAACGAUGUGGUGGAAGUUGGAGUGAUGAAUGCCAAGCUUUUUCCAGUGGUUGUGAAGGAUGUUGCGGGGGCACCAGUAUUCACUUUGACCAACGUACAAUGUUACGAAUCCUCUCAAGACCCCGCAAUUGUUGGUCGCCUUCCACGAGAUCGCACUAAUGUACCCGUCGUGGUGGGCGCUACAUCAAAUAGCGACAGGCCUAAGGAGCUCUCUUCUUUCCAAAGCUUUUCAAGCAAACACUCAUGGUCUCCCCCACAUAAGUCAAGUGGGUGGAAACGACCAUGGCAGGCUCUCCAUGAGCUCACGUGUAAAGUUCAACAGUCCGAUAUUAUGGACCUGAAUGGUGAAAUCGAUGCAUCUGAUAAGGACUUUGGCUGCGGGGGCGUACCUCAAAGUCAACAACAGAGCGCAGCAGAAACACAUCAUUCCGACGGCAUCGUACGGAUUGUAUCAAAAGAUUCCUUACCUAGCCUUCCAAAGAUCAGAGUGUGUGAGUCAUGCGACGAUAACCGGUCUUCAAAACGAAUUACUGUUCGUGAUGUGAGCUUCUGUUCAGAUGAAGCCCUUUUCAAAGGUUGUCGCAAAAGUGAAUCGAAGAGUAAGGAUAAUUGUUCUAUUUUCUUUCCUCCUGGUUCCCUGAUUCCGAAUUGGCGGAGAUGUUUAUCCAGCCCUGAAAUUCCACUUUUUGCCGGGUCCGACCACCAGAAGUCGGGGGAUUUUCUCACUCUGGGACUUUCUAGUUAUCCUACAAGCCUCCAUCUUGAAGUUGAAGCAAGUAGCCCAGACGCAGUAGUACCUGAAGGAAAUCUUAAGAUCAAACAGAUGGACAUACGAUCUGCCAAAGAAUGCCACGACGUUCAUCUUCAGAUGCACAACCUUCUGCAGGUGCAGAAUAUGAAACCCUACUCCCCUUGUGUGAGGAACGAGCUCGUCAGUGGUGAGGGGCCAACUGCACAUGCACACCUCGGCUACAAAAUCUCUUCGUUAGCAUCUGGUGGACCGACCGAGCCCUGCCACUGGCAAACUGGGAGAAAAAAGGAAGAGUCCUUGGAUUUAAGGCUGAAAUUGGCAUUGUGAGCGCUCAUUGACAUCUUCAGAUUGGCAGUAACUUGCCCAUAUGGUUAACAUAUCGGUAAUUAUCAGUAAAAGUUCGAAGCUUGGUGCUAAGAAGCAUUGUUUUGUGCCGUUGUAAACUAGACGACUGUGCUCCUCAUCAAUCUUUUUUCAAACGGAGAGGUGUGAGCGGAACUGCUUAUAAUCUUUGUACAAAGCUUAUUCCAUUUCGAGUGUCUUUUUAUUAUGUGGGAGUAACAACAUACGUUAGCAGUAAUAUCGAGUCUUAGUUCUUCCGAGACAUAUUUUCUCGCAUUUUUUUCAGUCGAAGUCACAAUCUUUCCUGCUGUAUUUGGCCUGGAGGCAAGAGGUACUUAACGGAAAGUCCUCUGAAGGCGGCCAGGAAAAGGUGGUUGUGGCUCAGUUGUGUUGCAGUUGUUCCUAUUGGUCACAAACAGAGCACGGUAUUACUAGAAACUUUGAAAAGACUCCUGGUAUGAAGUGCAUUGUAAGGAGAACCAAACUUCUUCCUGUUUUUUUAUUUUUUUACUUCCCCUGCACUGUGAGCUUUUUGCGACACACGCUUCUUGACAUGGAAAUGAGUCAAGAUUCUCACAAACCUUACUCUGCUGGAAAUUUGGAAGUGAUUUGAUAUGAUUCAGGAGGAAGAAGAGAGCUGAUCAUGUAUCUCACUUGGAUCUUGCAACGCGUUGGGACGAGUCGGUAAAAGUCUGCCUGCUCCUCGUCAUUCUUCAAAUGAAGUGAUUUUUUUGUUUUUUUUUUCUUCUUCCAAUAAUCAGAUACCCUUGUGCGACGCAGGACUACACUUACGUUGGUAUAUUCCUCCAACAUCGUCGUCUAAUUCUUCGAACAUGUUAAUAAACAAAAAUAAGAAACAGCAAGCCCUGGGAGCCACUGUAUGCGUAAUACACUUCUAAGUCUCUCUGUUGUAGUAGUGGCUAACUGGACGCCAACAUUGUGGUCAUCAGCAGCCGUUGCAGGAGGGGGCAGUGGGUGCACACAUGCUUUUACAUAAUGUAAGCAGGGAAAGUCCCUUUUUUUUUUUUUUUUUUUUUUUUUUUUGACACAAAUAGAGUUACAUCUCUAUUAUAGGUCAUUAAAAAGUUACAAACCCCAACCAAGUUUGGUUAGGGGUAUUAGAUAUUUACCUAUAUACUAUUGAUGAAUGUAUCAAUUGGUCCUAAUAAUUUCCAUUUGGGUUUGUUACCUGCCCAUGUUGCCAAGGUUCCAUUCACACACCA